CUGAGCCUCAGCAUAGGCAGCUAAGCUUACCCCUCACCAUGAUCCUGACACUGCUGCUGGGCCUUGCGGGGUACCUGAGCUGGGGACUGCUGGGGUCCUGGGCGCAGGACCCUGGUUCCAGGUUCUCCAACCCCAAUAGGCUCAGCGUGCCUGAAGGCUGGAGAAUAGGGGCUGACGACGAUACCAGCAGAGACCCCAGCCAACGGAACUGGUGUCCUUACCAGAAGUCCAGGCUGGUCACCUUUGUAGCUGCCUGCAAAACAGAGAAAUUCCUGGUUCAUUCACAACAGCCAUGUCCACAGGGCGCUCCUGACUGCCAGAGAGUCAAAGUCAUGUAUCGAGUGGCCCAGAAGCCAGUGUACCAGGUCCAGCAGAAGGUGCUGAUGUCUGUGGACUGGAGGUGCUGCCCAGGGUUCCAGGGUCCAGACUGCCAGGACCAUCAUCCCACAGCAAACCCCGAGCCCACAGAGGCAAGUGGUAAACUCCAGGAGACUUGGGACUCGUUGGAUGGCUUUGAACCUGGUCACCCUGUCACAGAGUUUAAUGAGAUUAAGGCGCCACAGGAACACCUGCUUCAGAAUCUCCAGAAUGAUGCCCAGCCAGUAGAAGAUGGCUUUCCAGGCCCUUGGGAGGCCCCGUCCAGCAACCUCACAGCUGCAAUGACAGAAGCCAAUCUGACAGAAUUCGAGUUUCCUGGCAGGACAUCGAAACAUCUGCUGCAGCCCCAUAUCGAUGCAUUCCUGGAAGCACACUUCAGUCCCAUCUGGAAGAGCUUCAACGAGAGCUUACAGAGCCUCUUCCAGGCCAUCAGAAACCUGUCUCUUGAUGUGGAGGCCAAUCACCGGGCCAUCAAGAUGAUCCAGGAGGGCACCGUGGCUAGGGCUGACUUCCAAGAGCUUGGUGCCAAGUUUGAGGCCAAGGUCCAGCAGAAUAACCAGAGACUGGGCCAGCUGUGGCAGGAUGUGGAGGGCCAGCUGCACGCCCAGCGCCGAUCCGUGCAUCACGCCCUCUCUGAGGUCCAGGCUGAGGUGAGCACCAAGUUAAAGCAGCUUGUUAAAGCUCAGGAACUUCCGGGGGCCAACGGCAGCCUGGCGGUGGCAUCUGCGGCAAGGCCAGAGCCAGAGAGCCUGCAGGCCAGACUGGGGCAGCUGCAGAGAAACCUCUCUGCUCUGCACAUGGUCACUAACCAGAGGGAGGAGGAGUUGCGGGGCACCCUCAAGGACAUGGACAGCGUCCUGAAGCAGCACACGGAUGAAAUCAAGGAGCUCUAUUCUGAAUCGGAUGAGACCUUCGACCAGAUCAGCAAAGUAGAGAGGCAGGUGGAGGAGCUGCUGGUGAACCACACGGGGCUUCGAGAGCUACGAGUGAUCCUAAUGGAGAAGUCCCUGAUCAUGGAGGAGAACAAAGAGGAGAUGGAGCGGCAACUCUUGGACCUCAACCUCACUCUGCAGCAUCUGCAGGCAGCUCAUGCAGAUCUUAUCAAAUAUGUCAAGGACUGCAACUGCCGAAGGGUCUACUCUGACAUGGACGUCAUCCCGGAGGGUCGCAGGGAUGCCAUGCACACCCUAGAGGAGAUCCAAGUAAGCCCGGACGAACAGCACCAGCUAGACGGUUCUUAUUUGCAGGCCUUGCAAAGCACUGUAGACGCCAUGUCUUCGGCAUUGGAUGCCUACAGAGGAGAGGGUGAACGGGCCCGGGCUGAGAGGGCCCGGAUGCGGACCCAGCUGCGGGCUCUGGACCACGCUGUGGAAGCACUGAAGACCGCGGCGAACGGGACCCGCAAAGAGAUACGCCUGCUGCAUGGCUCCUUCGCAGCCCUACUGGAGGAUGCACUGCGACAUCAGGCCGUGCUGGCCGCACUCUUCGGGGAGGAGAUGGUAGACGAGAUGUCGGAGGAGCCUCCUCGCCCUCUGCCCCUGAAUUAUGAGCAGAUCCGCCUGGCCCUGCAGGACGCCGCCAGUGGGCUGCAGGAGCAGGCGGUUGGUUGGGAGGACUUGGCCACUCGGGUGGAGGCUUUGGAGAAGGCCGCAGGUGGCUUUGUGGAGCAGCACCCACGGUCGGCAGAGGGACUUGAGCCCAGCCACGACUUUGGGAGAGAGGAGGAAACCAAGGCUUUGGGGGACCUGGAGCAGGAGAUUCAGCGCCUGAGCUCGGAUGUCAAGCAGAUGGGGCAGUGCUGCGAGGCCUCCUGGGCCCUCAAUGGCUCCCUUGAAGACCUACACAGCGCGCUCUCUGACACCCAGCACAGCCUGAGACAGCACCAGCAGCUCUUCCGUGGCCUCUUCCACAACUUCCAAGGGCUGUUGGCAAGCAACACCAGCCUAGACCUGGGUAAGCUGCAGGCCAUGCUGAGUAAGAAAGACAAGAAGCAACAGAAAGGCCCGGGAGAAUCCCGGAAGAGGGAUAAGAAACAAGUAGUGAUGUCUGCAGAUGCGCAGGCCAAAGGUCUGGAGCUCUGGGAAGCAGGCUCCCCUGUGGCCUUCUAUGCCAGUUCUUCAGAAGAGGCCACCGCUCUGCAGAUGGUGAAGUUCAACGCUACAUCCGUCAGCGUGGGCGGCGGCUACUUCCCCGAACACGGCUACUUCCGAGCUCCCAAACGUGGCAUCUACCUGUUUGCAGUGAGCGUUACAUUUGGUCCAGGCCCCGGAAUGGGGCAGCUGGUAUUUGAAGGGCAUCGCCGGGUUCCAGUCUACAGUGCGGAACAGAGGGGUGAGAGCACAGCCACUACCUUUGCUAUGGCAGAGCUGCAAAAGGGUGAGAGGGUGUGGUUUGAGCUAAUCCAAGGGUCGGUGACAAAGGGGAGCCGGCCAGGCACUGCGUUUGGAGGCUUCCUGAUGUUCAAGACCUGAACCCUGGGCUCAGCUCAGCUCGCAUCAGACACCGUAGAUUUGCCUGCUGCUCUCAGACUGAGGCUCAGGCCAGUGAUGGUCGGAGAACAUCUAGUGGCCUAGCUCUUCCCUGGACACCUUCUGCAAAGACCCUGCGGUAAGCGCAUGUACUUCUGGACACACAGGUCGGGGAGGCCAGAAUGCUGCUCCCAGAAUGCUAGGCACUGCCUGGAGCGGGAGCUGGGCUUCCCGUGCCUUCCCCAGUGGCGUGGCUUGUCUUAGCUCUGAGACACUCCCUCGGUUCUACAGCUUUUUUCUUCUCCUGUGGUUGGAAACGUCUAUACAUUUUCUGUUUCCUCUUUCCUGCGUUGGAAAGUCAUUGUUUCUCAGAAGGAAUGUUUACAGUGAAGGUGACGGUUUUGCCAUGCAAAAGGUCCCAGAUUCUCUUUCCAAUGCCUCAAAAGAUCUUGAAGGAAGAAAAAAAAGAAGACUCCCCUGCCCCCGAAACUGGAAACGAAUCUCCAAUUACUACCGAAAAGCUAAUCAAGAAGAGUCUUUCUAGUUUCAGGAGGGAGCCAACACCUAGUUGAAUAAACUUAGGCUAAUGGACUAAAGCCCUGGAUCCAGGCCCCAGCACGGUGCACACCUGUGGUCUCAGCCUAUGGAACAAGCAUGAAGUUCAGAGCCAUCCUCAGCUUCGUAACAGUUCAAGGCCAGCCUGGGAUGUGGGAGACCCUGUCUCAAAGCAGCAAAAGAAGCCAUGUUGACCCUCAGUACCCUUUGUCUUUAUUUGUAUAUUUAAUUUUAAUCUCACGCAUUUCCCUCCCUGCUUCACUCUGUAAAGGCCAACAUGUCAAGCAGGGACAACAUUGCGUGUGUGGUCUUCGCCCUUUUCAUCCUAUCAAGAUGGUUUCCCGCCCCCCUCCCCCAGCAUCUCUAAGGAAGGGAAGGAGGGAAUUAAACUCUAUUGGUAGUGAUCAACUUUGGAAUAAAGUGAUGCUCUU